CAUAGACUUGCAGUGCAGCGCUAUAUAUACACGGACUCCAAUCGGUACGGGAACAAAGUGUGUCAACAUGAAGGUUAUCUGCAUCUACGUAGUUGCGGCCAUCAUGGCGGCUAGAGCGGACCCGCCAGGAGAUGACGAUGGGAGGGUGUUCCUCCACACGGAGCCCUACGAGGUGAACGAGGAGCCUAAUGCAGUAGCGAGGGUACGUAUUGACCGUGAGGGUCCGACGGACAGACGGACCACAGUCAACUACACUCUACUGCCGGACACCGCCAAAGCCGGUCACGACUUCGACGGGAGACCAGGCACCAUUACCUUCGAGGUGGACGAAACUACACACUACAUCAGCAUCCCCAUCAUUGAUGACGAUGAGAUGGAGAGUAACGAGAUGUUUGAAGUAUGUCUUGACGGCGCCGACAACGCUCUUCUCGGAGCAACGACGUGUGUGGCGGUGUACAUCAUUGACGACGAACUGAAAGCGUAUAUGGAAGCAGAGAGACAUUGAAUAAGCUGACAUCUCUACAUGACGAAAAGCAUCACGUGAACAGACACUGAAUGUAAUAGUAAUUAAACAUGUACCCUCAAUACAUCCUAACGUAUCAAUAGAGUGUGGCACAUUAAAA